AUGACGGACCAGUUCGCCUUUUCAUAUCCAUCACCACUGGACGGGUAUGAGAAUCUCGAGCCGUUGUCAGACGAGAGAAACGACGAUGGCAAAUCGUUCAAGAACCCGCAGCAUGGCGUGCGGAGCAAAGCCUACGACGAGUUCCCGGAUCCGCUGAGCAAAGACCGGCAGGGGGGAUUCGACGUCCACAUCUAUCACUUCCAGAAUAACCCCGACCAAGUCACCUACGCCAAAGCACUAUGGGAACGAAUCCGACGCGAAUUCCCCGAACUACGCAUCUACACCUUCUUCGACCGCCCCAUCGGCCCUCACCCGGUCGCCAUGUUCGAAGUGAAUAUAUUUACGCCAGCACAGUUCGGCGCCUUCAUCCCAUGGCUCAUUAUCAACCGCGGCCCACUGAGUGCGCUGGUGCAUCCCAAUACGGUGGAGACGGAGGAGGAGCGCAAUCAUACGCAGCGGGCGACGUGGUUGGGGGAUCGGAUUCCGUUGGAUUUGAGGCUGUUUAAGCUGAUGAAGGAGGCACAGAAGAAGAAAGAGGGGGAAGAGCGUCAGCAGCAUUCUUAA